AACAGACUGGCGUAUGAACUAACAUUACUGAUUCACUGAGUCAUAUCUGCACUAAACCAAACCAAAAUAGCUAAUAAUUUAUAAUACAGAGAAUUGUCCUCCCGGGUACUUUCAACUUCGACUAUGUAAUCGGACAUUCUUGAACUAUGUAUACAUAUUUAAAUUUAUUCACUUGUAAAAAUUUGAUGUUAUAUUAAAAAUGGGAGUGUAUAGAACAACAGUAAUCGAAGCAACAAAUUAUAUAUUUCCCGGGUUGGCAGAUUAUAAUCGAAAAAGAGAAUUUUACAAUAUAGGAAAUCAAAUAUUAUCUAGUUUUCCGCUUCAAGUAGCUUUAGUUUUUAAUGUAUGGAUAUAUCCAGCAUGGCUUGUUGUAAUGAUUAUUGACUUGUAUGAGAAAUAUGAACAUUUGACAGAUAUAUAUAAAUCUAUAUCUGUAACAGUACUUGUUAUUAUACAUAUGUUUGAACCUAUACGACUAUUUCUGGGAUAUCUUGGAAAUUUGAAGGAACAGAUUCCAGCACUGGCAUGCUUUUGGCUAAUAUCUACUUUCAUAGAUUUCCCUUUGGCAACAUAUCUUCUUAUUGAUCGGGAACCGAAGCCUUAUCUUGGUGAAAUAAUAGUUACUAGUAUCAUGUUAUUUCUGGUUAUCAUAGAAAUCAUAACAACAACAAUAACUUUAAAAAAAUCAGCAAAUUAUAAUGCUAGAAGAUUUUAUGUUGCACAGUUAUACGGAAUUAGUGAUCGUAAUAUGUAACGGUUUAUUGAGUUCCGAUAUAGAGAUUUUAUAAUAUUAAAUUAUUAAUAUAUCAUAUAUAUGUAUAUACUUUUUGUGUAUUUAUAAAGGUAACA